CCACAUUCCUUUCUCAACUCUUUCGCAACUUCCCGCAGCGCCUUAAUGUCCAAGGGAACCCCACAGCCCCAGCUUCAUCUCAGGCUGGGGACCUCGAAAUCUGUUCUUGCUGUCCUGCACCUCUGACUGUGCUUUCCCACUCUUGGAGCUUUGUUCCAAGGCUUUCCUACGACCCACCAGCAGCCUGGACAGUGAGGGGGUAAGUGUAGUCAACUGCAGCAUCCCUCAUCCCAUAUCCCUCAUCCAGCAUCCCGCAUCCUGCAUCCCCAAGUAGCCCUGACCUGUGACAGCUGGACCCAACAACCCUACAACUGGCACUACCAUCGUGGUACAAACCCAGCGUACCCCCAGCUGGUGACCCACACACAGAGACCCACAUCUAGAAACUUCACAUUACUCAAGGACACUGCUUUUGCUGCCCUGGCAACCAUGCAAGGACUGGAGCAGAGCACCAUGGCAGUGGUUUCUGCUCAGCCCCCGGAGAAUUCUGUUAUGAAAUCACAGAUGUGGAAUGAGAGCAAAGAGAAAUUCUUGAAGGGGGAACCCAAAGUCCUCGGGGCUGUACAAGUUAUGAUUGCUCUCAUAAACUUUAGCUUAGGAAUAAUAAUGAUGGCAAAUACAAGUUCUGAACGACACAUUUCAGUGUUCUUAAUGGCCCCAAUUUGGGGAUCAAUGAUGUUCAUUAUCUCAGGAUUCCUGUCAAUUGCAGCAGGAGUGAACACUACAAAAACCCUGGUCAUCAGCAGUCUAAGUCUGAACACUAUCAGCUCUGUGUUGGCUGCAGCUACAAGCAUUAUUGGUGUCAUCAGUGUGCUUGUGGGUGUUUCUCGCUAUUUUAAUAAUCAGCCAGUCACCAAUGGCGUGGAUGCUUUGAUGUUAAUUUUAAAUUUGCUAGAAUUCUGCAUUGCUGUGUCCGUCUCUGCAUUUGGAUGUAGAGCUUCCUGUUGCAACUCCAGUGAGGUUCUUGUAGUGCUAACACCAAAUCCUGCUGCGACAGUGACGGUACCCCCCAUGACACUUCAACAAUUGCCACCAUCAGAACACCAAGGGAAAAAUGUUCCAGAAAAUCUAUACAAUAACUACCCUGGAGAAUUAGUCUAAUUUUGAUGUGUGUGUGUGUGUGUGUGUGUGUGUGUGUGUGUGUGUGUGUAUUUGUCUUUUGGUAGGAAUAUAAGACAUGCUCUAAAUAUGUAAAUCAAGCAUUUAUUAAGUCAAUAACACUUUAAUAUCUUCCAUUCAUUGUAUGUACAAGAAGAAUUGAAUUGGCAAAGAAUUUUUGAACAUAAGCUGAAAAAAUCGCUGGUUUAGUGAAGUGAAGUCUCUAAAGAGUGAAGAAUGGAGUUCUUGUUUUAUUUGGGGCUUUUGCUAAAUAAAUAAAUUUAGCUGCUCAUGAUCAUGUACAGGCACAUAAAGUAUGUAAGACAACAGGUGUAUUACCUUACUAAUGAUAGCAACCAACUUUAAUCUCUAUUUGCAUGCUCACAUGUAAUAAUGUAGUGUAUGCCUUAAUUAUUAUGGUGAAAAAUUAUAAUAAACACAAGUGAUUAAAAUCAGAACACUUGAUCCUUAAAUACCCAUACACAUGCGCACAUACACAAACACACACACAAAUAUUUGUCUAUAUACAUGUGUAUAUUUAUAUAAGUAUAGCACAUCUCACUGUUCUUAUAUGAUAUAUAUAUAGUAUGGAUUUAAAUAAUAUAGAGAGUAUACAUAAACAUAUUUGUAUAUAUUACAUAUGAGCUAAAAAAUUACUUAUUAUUGUGGACUGAAGCUAUAAUCUCACCUACAGGCUCACAGGUUUAAACAUUUUGUUCCAAGUAGUGCCAUUCUUUUCAGAGAUUGCUGAAUCGUUCAGAUAUGAGGCCUGACUCGUGAAACUAAGUCACUAAAGGAUGGCUUUGAAGGUUACACUGUCUUCCAGUUGAAUGUUCCUAUUAUCUUUCUGGUUAAAAGCAAAGUCCAAAGACUCUGUUAUCAGGCUACACUUCCCAAAAAGAAAGAAAAUUGUCAGUAAAUUUUUAAAUAAAUUGAUUCUAAGCAUGUAUCAAUGUUUAUUAUUCAUUAUAGAAUGAGUAACUAAAUAAAUAACUUAUUCAGAUCCUA